AUGUUCCGCAGAAAGAGGAGCUCCUCUCAGCAUCAGCAUCCCCUCUCUGCUUCCUCCUCACAAUCCGCCCAAUCCGCCGCCAGCCAUGCCUUCCUCAAAUCUCAACCCUCCUCCAGCAGCCUGUCCUCCGCCGCCGCUGCCGCCGCCCUCCGCAGUCUCACUCCGACCCCGACCUCCGUCGAGAAUGUCCAGACAAAGCGCAUGAUGCAGCGGAGGGCCUCGGUCUCGUCCCAGGCGAGCGGCGUGCCCAGUCUGCGUCCAACAAGUCGGAAUGGCCUUCGUCGCGCCAAUAGUUCGGCCUCCAUGUCUACCCGUACAUUCCGCGACCAGUCGCCGCGACGCCCGGCCUCAAGUUCCGGUCCAGUCGAUAAUGCGCCGCCGCUCCCUUCCAUCCCUCAAGUAUACUCCGCACGCAAUAAUAAUGCCCAGCGUUCGGUCAGUGUCGGGCCGUCGCAGCGGCCCAGUCCCCGUGGAAAGGCGCCGGCAGGACGAGGCAUGAGCGUUGAUCGCGGUUUGGCUACCCAGCCCGCUAUGCGCGCGCCAGGCUCGACCCCAUCCCCCGAGCUUCGACGACCAGCAAGUCGGAAUUCCGUCAAUUUCUCCUAUCCGAUGAACUCUCGGCCAAAUUCCCCGGAAGGGUCUCCCAAUGCACUGGAUAGGCGCGAUGCUUCCACGAGCAUCUCACUUGCGGGU